GAACAGCUCCAUGUGUCUGCUACUUCCUGAUCUCUACAGUCCAGCAGCUUCUUAUGAGCACCGAGCAGUCAUUGUGAUUAACCAUGGUUUUCAAGCUAAGCCUAGCAAUCUGCAGAAAAUACAGCAAACUUCACAAGUAUUGUGUUCUGUCCAGCCGGUUUCAACACACGCACGAGAGCUCGGAAACAGAGCACGGAAAAGCCUUACAUCUACCAGUAAUGGUUAAUGAAGUCAUCAGCUGCUUGUGCCCAAAAGACGGACAGACUAUAUUGGAUAUGACUUUUGGUGCAGGAGGUCACACCACAUCAAUUCUGAAGCAGGCUUCUAAUAUUAAAGUAUUAGCACUAGACAGAGAUCCUACUGCGUACGCCUUAGCACAGCGCUUGUCCUACUGUGAUGGGCAUAACAUACAGUCGCUUUUAGGAAGAUUUAGUGAAUGUGAAAACAUACUCCUCUCUGGAGGAGUCCAACCCGGAACGUUAGAUGGAGUUCUUAUUGAUGCUGGGUGUUCCUCCAUGCAAUUUGACACAGCAGAACGAGGAUUCUCUCUCAGUAAAGAUGGUCCCUUAGACAUGAGAAUGGAUGGUGACAGGUAUCCUGACAUGCCCAACGCCGCUGAUGUUGUGAAUGCUUUAGAUCAACAGGCACUUGCGUCUAUCCUGAAAACAUACGGGGAGGAGAAACACGCCAAGAAAAUAGCUUCAGCCAUCGUACAAGCACGUAGCAUAUACCCCAUCACCAGAACUCAGCAGCUCGCAAGCAUUGUUGCAGGGGUUUGUUUGUAUAGACACAAAGAUCUACUUCACCGUCCGGCACACACAGCAACAAAGACAUUUCAAGCCCUUCGGAUCUUUGUAAACAAUGAACUUAAUGAACUUUACACAGGGCUUCAGACAGCUCAGAAGUUUCUAAAAACUGGUGGAAGGCUUGUUGUCAUUUCUUUUCAUUCCUUAGAAGACCGAAUAGUCAAGAGAUUCCUGCAUGGAAUACACAUGGAUGAAAAACCUAAUAUGAGUUCUAGACAGUGGAUUAGAACAGGACAGACGGAAGUCACAGAGAUGGAUGAGGAUGAAGAAUUUCCAAGUCCAGGGCCUAACUCUGCAUGGAAUGUUUUACAACGUAAAGUUCUCUUACCAAAUUCUCAAGAUGUCAUUGAAAAUCCACGGGGAAGGUCUGCCAAACUGAGAGCUGCCACUAAGAUAUAAUAAUAUAUUUCUU